AUUCCAAAGUUACAUGUACCAGUUUAUGUUGUUGCAUGUGGUAAGAACAGUCUAAAUAAUCGAUUUUUGCCAUACGACACUAUAAGAACUGAUGCGAUUUUUAGUAUAGAUGAUGACUUGACUCUACCACAAGAAAGCAUUCUUCUAGCUUUCAGGAUUUGGAAGGAGAAUCGUGAUCGACUUGUUGGCUUUCCAGGGAGAUACCAUUCUUGGAGUCAAUCUGAAAAGAAAUUCCAUUACAGUUACAUUUAUACAUACAUGAUGCAUCGAGCCAUCUAUAACUAUGUUGAGAAGAAUAUGAACUGUGAAGAUAUUAGUAUGAACUUUCUUGUGGCUCAUGUGAUAAGAAAACCUCCAUUUAAAGUGACAAAGAAACUUGGUUAUCCUUGCAAAUAUUGUGGGAGGAAAGCCAUUUCGACAAGCAGAAGCCAUAAUUUCAAAAGAAAAUAUUGUUUGAAUUUUUUCUCAGAAGUCUACGGUUACACACCGUUGAUAUUUACACGGUUUAUAACAGACUAUUUAAGGCAUUAGACUAUUUACUAACUCAAAGUUCUUAAAUGAUAUAUAAGCUAUGGUGUGCAGCUAAGAAAAACGGUGCUACUCUAAAAGAAACAACUAGUUGUUUAGUAUAUGUUAAUCAUGUUAAUUACUCUGCUC